AUGGCCCCUGGACAGGCUACCGACUUUGCCGACAAUGACUACAAGUCGAAGUCGCAACCCGGCCAGGUCCGAUUUUCGACGAUAACGGAGGAAAUUGAGCCUGGGGAUUCCUCGGCCCCUCCCCAAGUACCGCCGGCCGAUGACUCGUUGAAGGAUCAGAAGCAAGAGGAGGAACUGCGGUCCCUGGCUGCCAGCCUACAAAAAUCCCAAUUACAAGAGACGCGGUUGCGACAGUUCUCGUAUGAUCCGAUCUCUCUUCCAUCCUCCAGGGUUGCGUCGCGAGAAUCGAGCGAGCGCAGUGGUCGCGAAGCCAAUGGAUCAGGCCUGCCCUCUCCCCGAGACUCCCCGACAGUGUCCGCCAUGCAGUCACCCCCGCUUACACCAGCCGCGACUCACUCACGUGAAGCCAAGUCUACUGAUACCUCGUCAACCUCGAAUACUACGGACAAAGGAGCACCGGGGCACUCCGCUGCGAUGACCCCAACUACUUCCCCGCCGACCAGCGCGACCCUAAAGAACAAAGCCUCUCAAAGCGCUCCCUCUUCACGACCCUCUUCAACCGAUCAACUGUCCAAACAGAAUAAUGUCGCGCAAACAUCGUCCCAUCCGCUAAAUUCCCCGAAACAUAGGGCGCAGUUCUUCGUCGGCCCCACGGCUGAUGGCGGUGCACAGGACGAAAGCCCUCCGAUGACUCCUAGGGUUGAGAGCUAUACCCCUCCAGGCGCCAUUACACCCGUCGGCGAGCCCAACGAUCCGUAUGCCCGCAGCAAGCGGCCCCCGCAGCCAAAGAACCUCGCACAACUGGACCAACGAUUUAUAUUCAAUGGUAGAGAUGCGAAACGUCGCACAAACACUUCCUCAUCUUUCACCCGCCCCAUGUCUCCUCGGUCCGCCAGUGCAAGUGAUCUCAGGUCCACCGAAAAGCGCAGCGGCUUUUUCGGGAGCAAAAAGGAAGUUAGGCAGCAGGAACCGGAAAGCAAGCCCCACGGCCACAUGUCCGAGCUCAAGCGCUUCUUCAAACGGAACCACCAUAAACACAAGCGUGCUGAUUCGCCCUCAUCCAUACCGUUCAAAAAGUCUAGCCGGUCUUCAGGAAAGAACGGUCCUUUCCAUACAUCUGAUAGUGUUCCGUUUGCUGAUGACCAUGGGCUCAACUCAAAGUACGGGAAAUUGGGCAAGGUCUUGGGUUCAGGAGCAGGUGGAUCCGUUAGGUUGCUCAAGCGUAACAGCGACGGCGUGACCUUCGCUGUCAAGCAAUUUCGUGAUCGCCAUUCUUGGGAGAGUAUGAAGGAGUAUUCGAAGAAGGUCACUGCGGAAUUCUGCAUCGGCUCGACUCUUCAUCACGGCAAUAUUAUCGAGACACUGGAUAUCAUCCAAGAAGGCAGCCAUUGGUACGAGGUCAUGGAGUAUGCCCCGUUCGAUUUAUUCGCGAUUGUCAUGACGGGGAAGAUGGUGAAGGACGAGAUUGCCUGCGCCUUCAAGCAGAUACUCAGCGGAGUGGCCUACUUGCACGGAAUGGGCCUCGCCCACCGGGAUCUGAAAUUGGACAAUGUGGUCGUUAAUGAACAUGGCAUCAUGAAGCUUAUCGACUUUGGGAGUGCGGUAGUCUUUCGGUACCCCUUUGAGAAUGACAUUGUUCCUGCUUCUGGAAUCGUCGGCUCUGAUCCGUAUCUGGCUCCGGAGGUGUACGAUGAAAAGAAAUACGAUCCCCGCCCCACUGACGUCUGGUCUCUGGCCAUCAUCUUCUGUUGCAUGACCUUGCGCCGAUUCCCCUGGAAGCAACCCCGUGUCAGCGACAACUCUUACCGACUUUUUGUCUCCCCGCCCACCCCCGGCACACCGGUUCCUGAUACAGACCCCAAACGUCACCGCGUCGUUAAAUCGUCUCCUGAUCUCCAAUCGUCUGCCCACGAAGAAAAGGCCUCGCCGGUUGUUGACCCCAAGAAGGGGCCAAUCGAUCAACCCGUGCAGGCUAAUGGACGUCAGGAGCCCCCGAAGAGUACUGCUCAGACGGGUCCUACCGGCGGAGAAGAGAACCGUCCUCCGGAGAGUCCACAGGAACGUACGCCUACCAACAAGACCGCUGUCGAGGACAAGAAUGGCCCUACUCAUAAGCCAACUCGGACCACAAGCAAGGAAGCUCCCCCUCUUCCAGCUUCAUCUCAGCCUUCCGGCCAACGCCAGGAAGUUAUCAAGGGUCCCUGGAGGCUUCUGCGACUCCUGCCACGCGAGAGCCGGUAUAUCGUCGGUCGCAUGUUGAAGGUGAGCGUCAAUGAACGAGCCACCCUCGAUGACGUUUUGACCGACGAAUGGGUUCGCAACAUCAAGGCAUGUCAGCAGGAGCUUUCGGGUGAGGUCAUCCGGGCCCCUGGUCAUACGCAUGUCCUGGAGCCACCAUCGGCCACCUUGUUUGUUCACCCAAAUUGUCCUUUCAUUUCCGGAGCCAUCGCUGGCCUCACCGUUGACUGCUCCCUCUACCCCCUCGACACGAUCAAAACCCGCCUCCAAAAAGCCCGCACACACGGCCCCUCCACCACAUCAGCAGCACCCAGCCUCUCUCUCCGCCAAACCAUCCGCGGCAUCUACGCCGGUCUUCCCUCCGUGCUCUUCGGCUCCGCCCCGUCCGCCGCCUCCUUCUUCAUCGUCUACGAUGGCGUGAAACGAUACCUCCUUCCCUCCCCUACCUCCUCUAAUAAGGAUACCACUCCCUCCCGCUCCCACAUCAUCCUCACGCACUCCCUCGCUUCCUCAAUGGGCGAAAUCGCCGCCUGCGCCGUCCGCGUCCCCACCGAAGUCGUGAAGCAGCGCGCCCAGGCCGGUCUGUUUGGCGGCUCGAGUCUUCUUGCCUUUAAGGAUAUCUUGGCCCUCCGCAAUGCUCCCCAUGGUGGUUACUUGCAGGUUCUCGGGGAAUUGUAUCGUGGCGCUGGCAUCACUAUUGCCAGGGAGAUCCCGUUUACCGUGUUGCAAUUUACUAUGUGGGAGAGUUUGAAGGAGGGGUAUGCGAAAAGGGUUGCUGCGAAGAAUGGUGAUGGGAGUGUUGGGGUUGUGCCGGCGUCGACGAGUGCCAUGUUUGGGAGUGUGGCUGGAGCUAUUUCGGCCGGGUUGACCACGCCGUUGGAUGUUGUUAAGACGAGGGUUAUGCUUGCAAGACGCGGUGGGGAUGAGGGCAGAGUCAGGGUUAGGGAUGUUGUGAGGGAGAUUUCUAAGGAAGGGUUUGGGGCGUUCUGGAGGGGGAUUGGGCCAAGGGUGGCGUGGAUUGGUAUUGGCGGGGCCGUGUUUUUGGGGAGUUAUCAGUGGGCGUGGAAUACGUUGGAGGGCAAGAGGGAGCAUGCGAUCGUCGCUUCUGCCUCCGCAUCGUCCCUUGCACCUCCGCAUUUCCUCUUCCACUGCGUCUCGCUCCCCGCCCACUGCAUGGCCCGAAAAACAAGCCACCAGAGGGUCACUUAUGUCCUCCCUCUGCCUGAUGCCCCUGGUGGGCAUAGACUAGGCGUUAAUGGCCUGACGGUCGAUACGGACAAUUCCAUCCUGUAUUCCGCUGGUCGCGAUGGCGUUGUCUGCUCGUGGGACCUCAAUCGCCCCCUCUCAGGCGCAUCGUCGUCGAAAUCCGGCUCGACAACCUUCAGAAACCAAGUUCAAGCUCACAGUCAUUGGAUCAACGAUAUUGUCUUGACUAAGAACAACUCGGCGCUCGUUUCCGCAUCGUCCGAUACCACUGUGCGAUUAUGGCGGCCACACUCGGAGAAUACCGAGGUACCGCAGCCCAUCGGCAAACAUGCCGACUACGUGAAAGCCUUGGCAACGCCCGGAAAUCAUUCCUCUUGGGUUGCAUCAGGCGGCCUGGAUCACAAGCUCUAUCUAUGGGAUCUGAAUGGCGGCGGUGAAGUCCUUAGCAUCGAUGCGUGCGGGGAGGACCGGACGGCAAAGGGUUCGGUCUAUGCACUAGGCGCUGUAUCGUCCGUCCUGGCUAGCGGUGGACCGGAAAGCGUGGUCAGAGUGUGGGAUCCGAAGUCCGGCAAAUUGAUCACCAAGUUCGUGGGCCAUACCGACAAUAUUCGUGAUAUCCUCAUCAAUCAAGAUGGCGAUACUAUUAUGACUGCAUCCUCCGACCAGACGGUCAAGGUUUGGUCGCUGACAGCGGGGAGAUGCAUGCACACCUUGACGAUGCACAACGAUAGUGUCUGGUCGCUUUAUUCAAAUCAUCCUCGCCUGUCGGUGUUUUAUUCGAGUGAUCGGUCCGGCUUGGUUGCCAAAACUGACACGAGACACUCUGCGGAUAUUGAGCAAGGUGUCUGCGUUGCAGCCCUGCAGGAGCACGAGGGUGUUAUCAACGUCGUAGCCGCCGGCGACUAUAUCUGGACAGCAACACCGAAGUCCAGUAUCAAUCGGUGGAGGGAUAUCGAUACCACGGCUGAGAUAGAAGCACCAGCGUCAGGCGAACGGAAGUCCAGCGCUGAAAAGGAUGCGGCGAAAGGAAUGCCCAAGAAGAUACCAUACGAAUCCGUCCUCUUACUAUCAAACACAUCCACAUUCCCUAAUUCGAGGGUUCCUCGCGACGCGGCGCCGGGAGUGGCUCCGCAUGCUCAGGGGCAGGCUUCCGGCUCAGACAUGGAAGAUGAACUGGGACUGACCCUGCCUGUCCAGUCCUUGCCGGAGGAGACGAUAGAAGGACAGCAUGGCUUGAUCAAACACUUCAUGUUAAAUGACCGCAAACGAACUUUGACCCAGGAUUCCGCAGGAGAGGUUGUCUUAUGGGAUCUUCUCAAGUGUAAACCUAUUCAAUCCUUUGGCAAGCGUCAUAUGGAUGACGUGGCAUCUGAGAUUAACACCACUGAGAGUAUUGCUCACUGGUGCACAAUCGAUAUCCGCACCGGAAGGUUAUCGGUGAUCCUGGAGCCAGGCCGCUGCUUUGACGCCGAGAUAUACGCCGACGAAACAGACAUAGAGGAUAGUUCCCAAUUCCGCGACGACCAGAGAAUCAACCUGGGUAAAUGGAUACUGCGCUGGCUCUUUGCACCUCUCGUCGACGAGCACGUUCGGCGCGAUGCCCAGUAUCGUGCCAUGGCGGUUGCUAGGGCGGAGGAAAUGGCCAAGCUGACCACAACGAGCGCCUCUGCGCCAAUGGAUAUACCGUCAGCAGAUGGAUCAAGGCGGCCGUUAGGCCUGCAGACUCCUAUAGAUCCCUCUUUCUCAACCUUCCGGUCCGGAUACGACUCCCUCGGAAGCCCUACGACGCCCGGUUACGGCAUCGGCUACGCAACGAGCCCGGGGACGUUAGGGUCACCCGUGCUGCCACCACAUAGCUACAACAAUAACAGCUACUUCGGGACAUCCAUCGGCGAGACUUCGGACUUCCUAACAUCACAGCAAAACCCGGACCUGACUCGAACAUCUUUCUCAGAUCGAUCGAGCGAUUACUUUUCCUCAUCGUCCAAGCCCCCGGGUCUGACUCCGCUGGACACAGACAAGGCACCACCGACGCCGGGAGAGCCGACGCCAACUGCCCUUCCGCAAUCACCGGUCGAGCCUGACAAAGAAGAACGAAAGAGGGGGGCAUCUAUCUUUGGGAAGAAAUUUCGGAUGGACUUUCCCAAGAGAAUGGGCCGGUCCUCGUCGGAAGCCAAGCCCCAGAUUCAAGAAGAAAAAAUCGAAGAAUCGGACAAGUCAUCGGUCAAGGAAGAGAAGGUGUUUGAAACCAACCUUGGUGGCUUCAUCGAGCGAACCCGGCACGAGUACGAGGAGUGGCUGUCUGCCAACCCGGGGCAGGAGUUGGUGUCCGCCUUUGCUCCUAGUCCUGACAACGAGACGCCCGAAUUGCAGAUACCUCCUCGCACGGCUGUGUUUAUCCAAGAGGAAUCUGGCGACACGGCAGUGGCGUCAGACUUGUACAGGGGCACUGUGGGAGGCAUUAGCCAGGACAUUGAGAAGUUGGAGAAGCCCAUUCCGUUAUGGCUUGCUGACUUGCUGCUCAAGAAUCAAAUGCCUUUCAAAGAGCCAGUUAAGAUUGCAUUUACGCUGAAGCCUUACGAUGAUCUUUUGCCGCCUGUGGUCAAGCCAGAGUAUGACAGGCCGGCUACGAGCGCAAACGCAAACAAUAACCGACUCAACGCCAAUCGCAUGCUUCGAGCCAAGAAGAUCCUUGCGUACGUGGCGGAGCGGAUUGAUCCACCUAACCCUGAUGAGCCAGAGGAGGAUGCGAUGAAGCCGGAAGAGUAUCUGGAGCUGUAUUGCCAGAAGAUGCUGAUACCGCCAAACAUGACCCUCGCGACAAUACGGGCACACAUCUGGCGCUCAUCUGGGGAUAUGCUGUUGUAUUACAAAGCGAACGGAAAGAAGGAGAUCAAAACCGCCCCAGAUGGAGAGAGCAACCACCUUGAUGGUGGCUCUCAUCGAUUCCUUGAUCCCGCAAGCGCCAGCGGCGAAGCUGGAAGCGCGCCCCCAGGAAGCAUCCACUCGCUGACCGCCUCGGGGUCGGGUGCUGCCUCGAUCAGCAAUACCUGA